GCGUCAACAAGAGAGACAAGCGGGUGGAGGUUUCCCAAGCAGAAAUAGCCUCCUAGAUUUCACACUGAGGCCUAACCGGCUUAUACCAAAGUGUAGCCAUGUUUCAAAAGGUAUUUGUUGGGGGAACAGAAGCUAAAGUAAAGAAGUCAAGGGGACUGAGACCACAGUCUAGAGAGUACUGACAUUUAAAGAACCAAAGAACAUCCAAAGGAAGAGGGGCCCAGAAAAUACACCUGAGAAAACAGGAAGUCCAACGGGAGAUCUGGCCUUUUGUAAAGAUAGGUCGUUGUCCAACAUAAGACCUUCUUUCAUUCCAGGAAAGCCAAGGUCAAUCACAAUUCCCAGGACCUCCUAGUUCUUGACGCUGGUCAAUUAACCAGAGGGAGGUUGAGGCUGGAAGAGCACUCUAAUUGGGGUCUCUCCGGCCGGAAAUGAACCACUCCGGGCUUCGAGCCGAACUACUUAGGCUCCGCCCCUCAACGGAUGAGCAUGCGCCGCUCUCAGUCUCGGCCCCUCCCCGCCCGGUUCCACCCCCGUCAUAGAGCAUGCGUUGUCCUCCCGUCGUCCAGCCCCUCCCUUCCAGAACCCCCUGUUUCUUAGAAACCAGGCGGCGUGUUCCCGGUACCUCGGUGGAUUCUGGAGCCGGAGCAUCCUAGACAUCCUCCCUCAAGGCGGACAAGUGGUUUUCGAGACCCGUCCAGACCUACAGUAUACCUGAGGUGCCGGGCGGGCGAUGCCAGCGUGCUGCCAGAUUCGGAAACCUAGGCUCCCUCGCCUAGUGCGGACCGACGCCCUACCUGUAGGAGGACGGACGCUUUGUGGAUGAGGAUGUGUAAGUUGUGGAAGCCUCAGACAAAGGGUUCUUGGGAUGUCUGGUCCGUCCUUUUUCAGAAUGAGAUGGAACUUCUGGGGGGAAAUAUUUAUUUAAGAAACCGGUGUUAGGGUGAAAGAAGGACAACCCAGAAGAUCAAGUUGGCUCUGCUGUCUGGCUGUGUCUCGAUGGCCCUGGCCUACCUUUAAAGCUCAGGAAGAAAGCAGAUGGACUUGGGGAAGACAAAAGGUGAGGAGCCAUGUUUGACCAGGACUGUGGGAAGGUCAGCUCCAUGCUGGAGACUCUGGUGAGGAGAUGAACUGGUGAGCAGAGGUUGGGAUGAAGAUGCUGCCAGGAGUGGGAGUGUUUGGGACUGGCAGCUCAGCCCGGGUCCUGGUCCCACUGCUGAGGGCAGAAGGGUUCACAGUGGAGGCCCUGUGGGGGAAGACUGAGGAAGAGGCAAAGCAGCUUGCUGAGGAGAUGAACAUCACCUUCUACACCAGCCGGACUGAUGAUGUUUUGCUGCAUCAAGAUGUGGACCUGGUGUGCAUCAAUAUCCCCCCUCCACUCACCCGACAGAUAUCUGUGAAGGCUCUAGGCAUUGGGAAGAAUGUGGUUUGUGAAAAGGCAGCAACAUCGAUAGAUGCCUUCCGGAUGGUGACAGCUUCACGCUACUACCCACAGCUGAUGAGCCUGGUGGGGAAUGUGCUGCGCUUCCUGCCUGCUUUUGUGCGCAUGAAACAACUAAUUGCAGAGCACUAUGUAGGUGCGGUGAUGAUCUGCGAUGCCCGUGUAUACUCAGGCAGCCUGCUCAGCCCCAGCUACGGCUGGAUCUGUGAUGAGCUCAUGGGUGGAGGGGGCCUGCACACCAUGGGCACCUACAUCGUGGACCUGCUGACCCACCUGACUGGCCGGAAAGCCGAGAAGGUACAUGGGCUGCUCAAGACCUUUGUGAGACAGAAUGCUGCCAUCCGUGGCAUCCGGCAUGUAACCAGCGAUGACUUCUGUUUCUUCCAGAUGCUUAUGGGUGGUGGGGUGUGCAGCACAGUGACACUUAACUUCAACAUGCCAGGUGCCUUUGUGCAUGAAGUCAUGGUGGUCGGCUCCGCAGGACGUCUUGUUGCCCGGGGAGCUGACCUCUAUGGGCAGAAGAACACUGCCAUGCAAGAGGAGCUGCUUGUGAGGGACUCCCUGUCUAUGGGUGCAGGGCUGCCAGAUCAGGGGCCCCAGGACGUCCCACUGCUCUACUUGAAAGGCAUGGUCUACAUGGUACAGGCCUUGCGCCAGUCCUUCCAGGGUCAGGGCGACCGCCGUACCUGGGAUCGUGCUCCAGUUUCCAUGGCUGCCUCAUUUGAGGAUGGGCUGUAUAUGCAGAGUGUGGUAGAUGCCAUCAAAAGGUCAAGUCGAUCGGGGGAGUGGGAGACUGUGGAGGUGCUGACAGAGGAACCUGAUGCCAACCAGAACCUAUGUGAGGCACUUCAGCGGAACAAUCUAUGACCUCUACAUGGGCUCCCUGCCACAGAGCAGAGGGGCCAGAGAUGAAACCAGAACUGUGAUGGGGACUUGGCCAUGGCAAAGACAGUAUCAUAAUCAGCUCGGACUAAAACUGGGAGACAAUUGAAGGGGCCCAAGGAAGAUAACUUGUCCUUCUGCUCAUUUACUUCUCAAGACUUGAAGAGUAGCAUGUGCCCCUAUUUCCAUGGCCUAGGCUUGCACAGUGUCAGGGCAGAGUUGCUACCAGGCCUCUUCAUGGUUCUGCUAGUGAGCAGGGCCAGCAAAAGCCUGACUUGUGGGCCUGAUCUCUGAUCUGACAGGAUAAGAAAGCCCAAGAAACCAGCUUGGUAAUGCCAGAGGAUAAAUGACAAGGAACUUUGUUUCCAUGCCCUUCUGGGCCAGGAGAUCUCAGGAACAGUAAGGGCAGUAAGUCGUCCUUCAGGGAUCCUCACCUGCCCUUCCAUGCAGCCAGACCCUUCUGGCCUCCAGGCUGACCCUUCCUGCGUGGAAGAGGGGUUUCUGUAUUAGAUGAGCUCUGGGGCUGUUGACCUAAGGAAAAGGGCCCCUGAUUUGGCAGAGAGAAGACAAGGGGGAACUGUAGAACAUCUGAUGUCAAUUAAUAAAUCGGAAAAAUGUGACAGCAUGA